AUGGCGGUUCCACAAGACGGGCUUCUUCAACUUCCAUACUACGCUCCUGAGAUUCCUUUCGAGUUGCCAACAAAGGAAGACAUUGCGUCGCCGGAUGAAGUCCUCAGUGAACUUGGGGGCCGAAAGGUUGUCCGUGUUGGCAAGAAAUUUAUUAUCAAGUAUGGACAAAUCGAGCAAGCUGAGGCGGAAACAAUGAUAUUCGUUCGACAAUCAACGUCGGUGCCAAUCCCAGCCGUGUAUGCUAUCUAUCGAUCAACAGAGAAUGGAUUACUCUACAUUGUUAUGGAGUAUAUUCGAGGUGGAAAUUUACUGUCACUCUGGCCAGUCCUGUCUAAGAUACAGAAAAGCACUAUUUGCCAGCGGCUGAGAGAGUGUUUAGCCGAGAAGGCUAAGGUUAUUGACUCGUUCAGCAAUCUUGGGACGUACCGAUCCGACUUCUAUCGUCGCAACUUGCAGAAGGUCCUCCAAAAUCACCGGUCUGUAUUCACUCAUGGCGACUUCCAGCGCAAGAACAUCAUAAUCAGGUCGCGAGAAAUUUCAGCAAUGUCUGCAAGCUCUGCAAGUAACGACGAAGUCAUCCCAGAAGCGAACUACGAUGUUGUAUUGAUCGACUGGGAAAAAGCUGGAUGGUAUCCAAGCUACUGGGAAUUUUGCGCUGCUUCAUGGUCAUUCCGUUUUGAUGAUGACUGGCCAGAUCAUUUGGAAACGAUCAUAGAUCCUUGUCCAGUAAAAUACCCCUGGCUCAAAACAAUAGCCACAGAACUAUGGUCUUGA